UUGGUUUUGGCCACAAAUAAAAAGCGGACUGAAGUUAAAACAUUUUGAGUCCCGACUGCGCAGCAAAGGUACAAAACUUCUUCCAUUUUUCAUCAUCUUCACCUUCAUCUUCUCCGGCAAGUGAGCAAAAGGUAAAACUCUCAAGGAUGAGCAGGUCGGGUCAACCUCCGGAUCUCAAAAAGUAUAUGGACAAGCAGCUUCAAAUCAAGUUGAAUGCAAACCGCUUAGUCACUGGAACACUUCGUGGGUUUGAUCAGUUCAUGAAUUUGGUCAUUGACAACACAGUGGAAGUUAAUGGCAAUGAUAAGAAUGAAAUUGGCAUGGUGGUGAUCCGCGGGAACAGCGUGGUGACAAUUGAAGCAUUGGAGCCUGUCGCUAGACCACAGCAGUAGCUCUUAACGAAUCGUUGUUUAUGCCCCAGAUGCUGCUGCCGCUUGUUUAAAGGAACCUUAGGGAACAUAAGUUUGUACCGUCAGGAUUCAGUAUUCGACUAGAUAACAGUUAAACUUGUCAAUGGAUUUCUGUUUUAAGUUUGAUCAUCAAUUCUCUCUAUUCAAUUAGUGCACUAUGUACUGAAUGCAGUUUGAACGUGUUCCUGUUUCAUUUUCCUAUUAAAAGGUGCACGAUGUGAUGUUUACUUUA